GAUGGAGUUUCGAGUUUAAUAGAACAGUGGGGGAGUGCACUGGGACAACGAAGUGAACGAAGACCGUCGAACGGCAGACGACGACUGACGACGGAUGUAGAUAAUGAGAGACUAGAAGGAGAUAAUAAAGCGCUUGGAGCUGAAGAAAGAAGAAAAGAACAAGGAUAAAGAUAGUGUGAGUGUAGUAUUUGAUUUGGCUAUCGGAGAGGUUGUGUAUAUGCGUAGAGUGGGACUGGGAGGUGAAUCAACACAAGCAAACUACAGUAUACAAUACAACAGUAGUCCUUGCACUGGCCGUCUUGGCCAUGGACAACUAGCAUAGGCAGCAGUAUCACACACACCAGUAGUCUAGUGAAUAUGGCCGCAAACAAUGGUAAUGGUUAUUGAAAUCAACUUUGCGCGUUUAUCUAUCCUUAAAAAUUAACUUGUCAACAAAGUUUUGUUGCUAAUAAAACAAUCUAAUAGAUUAUUGUGUAUGCCUUGUAAUAAUUGAUUAGUUAAUACAAAAUCAAAAAGUUAUUUUAUUGCUAUCUACUUCCCAUGCUGGACAGGACGCUACAGGAGCAUAGUAUUAUGGCAACUGCUGUUCAACAGAAUGGCAUGCAACCACUGACCAAUGGAAAUAUCAAUGUCGAGAACCAUGAGGCUCUGGACGACAAAAACGACACACGGAACAACGCUGAGGAAAAUAACCCCUACAAUCAUCAGCCAGAUAUUCCCAUUCCUAUGGAAGAGCCAGAAGCCCAACCCGAGAUAGACAUUCUCAUCAGAAAUGUCGUCUGUAGUUUUAGCGUGAGAUGUCAUCUCAAUUUACGUGAAAUUGCUCUCAAUGGGUCUAACGUUGAAUACAGGAAGGAAAAUGGGAUGAUCACCAUGAAGCUGAGAAGGCCAUAUACUACGGCAUCUAUUUGGUCUUCGGGUAAAGUUACUUGCACCGGUGCUGAGACAGAACACGAGGCCAAAGUCGCUGCUCGUAGAAUCGCAAGAUCUUUACAGAAGCUCGGAUUUAAAGUUAGGUUCAAUAACUUUCGGGUUGUUAAUGUUUUGGGGACUUGUUUAAUGCCAUGGGCUAUUAAAAUUACAAACUUCUCACAGCGCCAUAAAGAAAAUGCUGACUACGAACCAGAAUUACAUCCAGGUGUAACAUAUAAGCUAAAAGAUCCAAAAGCUACGUUAAAAAUAUUUUCAACGGGCAGUGUUACUAUCACAGCACCUAAUGUCGCGGCAGUUGGAGCGGCCAUUGAGCAAAUAUUUCCGCUAGUCUACGAAUUUCGUAAGAAACGUUCACCCGAAGACGAACAGGCAUUAGCUGCUAAGAAACUGAAAAACGCAGCGAGAUAUAGAAGAGAUUUAAUUGAAGAUCAAGAUCUAUUACCUGCAGUGAUCGGUAGCGACGAUGAAGAAGAGAUGCCGAUUGAAAGCGAUGCCAGUGGAGACUGAUUUAUUUAAAUUAAAUGUUAAAUAACUAAUCUUUUCUCUUCACGUUAGUGUUUUUAAAUCUGUUAAUAUUUUUCUCUAUUUCCGUUUCUCUCUUUUCAAUUUCGACAAUUAAUGUUUAGUGUUAUGACAAAUGAUACCGAGGGGGGGGGGGGUGAUUGCAUUAGUGAAGUGACGGUACUAGCUGCUGAUUUUGCUUGAUAUUUUUUAGUUAAUUUUUUUGUUGAGGGUCAAGAGUGUCAGGUGUAGAUUUUAUUACUGAGCAAGAGGACUACUGAGCUACCAGCUCUAAUUCAUUUUUCAUUUAAAAUUAUAA